AUGGUCAAAACACUCCCCUUCGGCAAUAUCCAAGUGCCCUCACCUGGCUUCGGUGCCAUGGGCUUAAGCUUCGGCCUGGGCAGCAAUCUCAGCUUGGAGGAAGCGGAGCCUGUACUUUUGAAGGCAAUUGAACUAGGAUGUACCUUCUGGGAUACUGCUGUCGUCUACCAAGCUGGUGUGAACGAAAAGCUUCUCGGGGAUUUCAUCAGGAAACAUAAUGUCCGCGACAAGGUCUUCAUUGCGUCGAAGUGCGGUUUCAACGUUUUUGGCGAUCGCUCCGUCACCAACUCGGCUGCUCACAUCAAGGAGUAUAUCGAUGGUACCAUCGAGCGACUUGGCUUCGCCCCUGACCUCUACUACUUGCACCGGAUCGAUCCUAAAACACCACUCGAGGAAUCGAUCCCUGCCCUCGAUGAGAUCCGUAAGGCUGGCAAGACCAAGUACAUUGGUCUCUCUGAGUGUUCGGCUGCGACGCUGCGCAAGGCCCAUUCAAUUGCCAAGAUCGAUGCCGUGCAAGCGGAGUAUUCUGCAUUCGAGGUCCUCCAUGAGACUGAUGGUCUCAUUGAAACAUGCAGAGAACUAGGCGUAGCUUAUGUCGCGUACAGUCCCCUAGGACAUGGCUGGCUCGUCGACGACUUCCAAUACAAGUCUCCUGAUGACUUUGCCCCGGAUGAUUUUCGCAGGAGGAGCCCCAAAUUCCAAGGCGAUAACUUCUACAAGAACCGGGCAAUCGUGGAGGAGAUCAAGAAGCUUGCCGCUCGGAAGAACUGUACGACUAGUCAGAUUGCGCUGGCCUGGGUUGCGGCGCAGGGGUUCAUUGCGAUUCCCGGUACGACCAAGGCUAGCCGGCUCGAGGAGAACUGGGCGUCUAGGGAGAUUGAUUUGACGGAGGAGGAAAAGCAGGAAAUGCGCAGAAUCAUCGACGCUGCAAAGCCGCAUGGAAACAGGUACGGGCCUGAGCAUCAGGCUUUGGUGGGACAUUAA